AUGUCUUUGUUCGGCGGACCGCUGCCCGCCAAUGCCCGCGAGUCGUCGCCCUACUACCGCUCCUCGAGCCUGCCUCUGCCCUCCAGCCCACCGCCAGUCCCGCACACCGACGAUGACGCGCCUGUCUCGUCCAUCGAGCGCGACCCCGACCAGGACGAUGAGGCAGUGAAUGCCGCCAACGACGACGAGUCGUCCGGGAGCGAGUACACCACCUCGGACAGCGAAGACAACCGCCCCCGGUUCCAAGGCAAAUGGCAGACCUACCGCCGGCACAUCCAGGAGGAGCGCGACCUCACCGAGUCGCUCGCGAAGCUACGCGCCGAGGACCUGGCCCUGCACCUCUACGACGCCCACGCCUUGAAGCGCCGCCUCCUCGCUGAAAAAGCUGCCAGGAGGGCCGCGGGCGAGGAGGCCGGGGACGCCGACGAUGAAAGUGACGAAGAUGACGGCCAAUGGAAGCCUCCGAGAGCGUGGACUGCGUGGCCGCUGGAGCCGGAACACGUUCCCAGGCCUUACGAGCGCUUCACCAUACUGCCGACGAUCGAUCCGGACGAGGAAUUCACUUUUCGCCGGCCUGGACACGAUCGGCAGAGGCCAAUUCGGGACAUCAAGGAGAUUCUGGUGGGGUUGGUGCAGAAAAAUGCGAAGGAGAGGUGGGACAAGAAAGAAUGGGCGGAUGAGACGGACCCGGAGGCUGGCGAGGAACGUUUGACUUCGCGCAGGAGCCCACACGAAGCAAAUGGCGGCGCGACGGCAGAUCGGAUGGAUAUUGAUGGACAUGGGCCCAACCGCGGAGCUAGUGCACGUCGCGCAGCCACACCCACUGGUUCCCGACGGGAGUUCAUCCUAGACGACGACAAGGCGUAUGAAGCUCUCGGGCCGACCACUCGCUCCAUCGUGAGCAAACUGAACGAUGUACUCAUGGCCGUCCACCAACGCGAAUCUCGCGGCCGAGGUAGAAAAUCUCAGAGAGAGACUGCAACCGCAACCGACACCGAAGCGUCCCGCUCUCGCAGCACGAAACGUCGAAAGAAGAUGCAAAACGCCAGUGAAGGAGAAACCAAGGUCAAACGCCGUCGAGGCAGACCACCUAAGUCCGCUAGCCAAACCCCAGGGCCCGACUCGACGCCCUACGUCACCGAAGGCGAGGAGACGUCAGCUUCGGCGAAGAAGCGGGGACGAGGCCGCCCGAAAAAGUACGACAGGCUGCCCGGCGAGUCGUAUUACAUGGCCAGGAAGCGUCUCGCGGCAGCAGCCGGUCAGCUUCCAGGCAGCAAUCCUUCAAGCCGAGCGCAAACCACCGAGCCCGAGCCCGAUCGUGCCUCCUCCAGACCACCGACUCCGAACAAUCCGUCCGCUGCUACCGCGGCGCUGCUCGCGCGGCCGCGCUCGAACAGCACGUCGUCGGAAGAUGACAGCGACGGCCCGGAGACGGGGGGAAAGCAGCCGCUGCGUCGUGGUGGGAAGGCCCCGCCGCUGAAGAAUUGGCGCGAUGUCCUCGGCAAGGCAUCGUCGCUCGGUGGCUUCAGCGAGGCUGCCAUUGCUCGCGCGACGCGGCGCUGUGCGGAGCUGUUUGGCGAGGACAGGACGGUUCGGACGGCUGAGAGUCAAGUUACUGUAGAAGCGCCUGCAGAGGAAGUUCAACAGGAUCAAGGUGUUGCAGAGGAAGAACCUACCGCGGAAGAAGACGCCGGGGAAGGACCUUCUGCCCCGAGGCCGCCUCGAGUUGAAGCUCCACAAGCUGAGGAGGAGCCUUCAGAGGAAGAGGCUGGUCAGCCGGGUGACACCGACUGGGCGGACGACGAAGAGGAUGGAGACGGAAACAAGCGCCCGGCUUGGGAUGGGUCUAGUUUGGCAUGUCCUCAUUCCGAUUGUGAGAGAUACACCGAACCAUAUGCAAAACUUUGGCGGUUGCGUGAGCAUGUCAAGAAGAAGCACAAGUACACCCUUGAUGCUCCCCGCAUCAAUUCGAAGAAGUGGAAGAAGUGGAUCAUGGAGAAAGAAAAGAGCAAGUCCGCGAAACCUAAGCGUAAAGGAAAGGAAAAGGCAAAGUAA